CGACGACGCCCAGGAACCGGCCGGUAGCCGGCAAGUCGCGCCGCUUUCAGCACCGGACCCGUCAGCAACUCUACUACCCCCCCGCGUCGUGGAACACGCGCACACCACACUUCAGGAACUGUUAGCACCGAUCAAAAGGAAGGUGGCUCAGCUGUGCGCAGCCUAGACAAUGUCCGAAGAUUCUGACUCUGUAUCAGAGGAAGAAAGAAGUUUGUUCCGUCCGUUCACGCGGGAGUCCCUGGCAGCGAUCGAGGCUCGCAUCGCCGAGGAAGAGGCUAGGCAGAAGGAGCUUCAGCAGAGAAGAGCGGAAGGCGAGGGAGGUUUUGGACGGAAGAAAAAGAAAAAAGAAGUACGGUAUGACGACGAGGACGAGGACGAAGGUCCUCAGCCGGAUCCAAUGUUUGAGCAGGGAGCGCCGAUCCCGGUCCGAAUGCACAACGAUUUUCCACCCGAGCUGGCCUCCACACCUCUCGAGGAUAUUGAUAGCUUCUACCACAAUCAAAGGACCUUCGUCGUCAUUAGCAAGGGAAAGGAUAUAUUCAGAUUCUCAGCGACGGAUGCGAUGUGGAUGCUCGAUCCGUUCAACCCUAUCCGGCGCGUGGCCAUAUACAUAUUGGUUCACCCGAUCUUUUCCCUCUUCAUCAUCACUACAAUAUUGGUUAACUGUAUACUCAUGAUCAUGCCCACCUCGCCCACCAUCGAGUCCACCGAAGUGAUAUUUACGGGCAUCUACACAUUUGAGUCCGCCGUUAAGGUGAUGGCGAGGGGUUUCAUUCUGCAGCCUUUUACCUAUCUUAGAGAUGCAUGGAAUUGGCUUGACUUCGUAGUUAUAACUUUAGCUUAUGUGACGAUGGGCAUAGAUCUAGGCAACCUUGCCGCUCUCAGGACAUUUCGAGUCCUCCGAGCCUUGAAGACUGUCGCUAUUGUACCAGGUCUGAAAACCAUUGUCGGCGCUGUGAUAGAAUCCGUGAAGAACCUGCGCGAUGUGAUAAUCCUGACGAUGUUCUCCCUCUCCGUCUUUGCGCUGAUGGGCCUUCAGAUUUACAUGGGGGUCCUCACGCAAAAGUGUAUAAAGAACUUUCCUGAAGACGGCUCCUGGGGUAAUCUCACUGACGAGAGUUGGAGUCAAUUCAAUAAGAACGAAACUAAUUGGUACAUGGACGAGGCUAAAAAUAUACCCUUGUGCGGAAAUUCAUCGGGGGCGGGGCAGUGCCCUCCCGGGUACACGUGUUUACAAGGAUUCGGGACUAAUCCGAAUUACGGUUACACGAGCUUCGACACCUUCGGCUGGGCAUUGCUAUCCGCCUUUCGUCUCAUGACUCAGGAUUAUUGGGAGAAUCUGUAUCAACUGGUGCUAAGGUCGGCCGGACCGUGGCAUAUGCUCUUCUUCAUCGUGAUCAUCUUCCUCGGUUCCUUCUAUCUCGUGAACUUGAUCCUCGCUAUUGUCGCGAUGUCGUACGACGAGUUGCAGAAGAAGGCUGAGGAGGAAGAGGCCGCCGAGGAACUAGCUAUGAGGGAAGCCGAGGAAGCUGCGAUAGCGAAGCAGAAUAAGCUCGAGGCGAAGGCCGCAGCGGCGGAAGCCGCGGCCGUCGCCGCCGCCGCGGAGGCUGCUGCGGAUCAAAUCGUCAAGUCCCCGUCGGAUUUCUCGUGUCACAGCUACGAGCUGUUCGUCGGCCAGGAGAAGGGCAACGACGACAACAACAAGGAGAAGAUGAGCAUACGUUCGAUUGAGUCCGUAAGCGAUCAGAGGCAUCUCAAGCAGAUCAACAACAAUCACAGCGCUGCCAACAAAGUGCGGAAAGUCAGCGCCGUCCCUCGCGCCGCUAAUGGCCAGUUUACUUAUGCCUACCAGGAAAGCCUGCGGAAGGCGAGCCUGAGCCUACCCGGCUCACCGUUCAAUCUGCGCCGCAGCAGCCGUGGCAGCCACCAGUUCACGAUACGCAACGGCCGCGGCCGAUGCUUCGUACCGCCCGGCGGCGACCGGAAGCCCCUCGUGCUGUCGACGUACCUCGACGCCCAGGAGCACCUGCCCUACGCCGACGACUCGAACGCGGUCACGCCGAUGUCCGAGGAGAACGGCACGAUCGUGGUGCCGGUGUACUACGCGAAUCUUGGCUCGCGCCACUCGUCCUACACCUCGCACGCCUCGCGGCUGUCCUACACGUCGCACGGCGACCUGGCCUUCCCCGGUAUCCGCGGCAUCGACAGCAUCGGCAAGCAGAUCACCAAGCAGGAACAGAUCCUCAGGAAUCGAAACAACAAGCAGACCACGCCGGCCAACGGCCACGUUACGGACACCAAUCAGAAAACUUAUCAUUUCGAGACUUCCGAUGUAGAAGAUUCCAUGGGCAAGACCAAGCAACAAGACAAUCCGUUUAUCGAGCCGUCUCAGCAGCACACCGUGGUCGACAUGAAGGAUGUAAUGGUGCUGAACGAGAUAAUCGAGCAAGCUGCCGGUCGCCAGAGCCAGACGCCGGAACAAGGAGUUUCGACCUAUUACUUUCCGACAGACGACGAUGAAGAACCUACAUUCAAGGACAAAUUAGUGGCCGGAAUGUUUCGUUGUAUCGACAUCUUUUGCGUCUGGGAUUGCUGUUGGCUUUGGCUCGAGUUUCAAAAGUACGUGUCCCUGUUGGUUUUUGAUCCAUUCGUAGAGCUCUUCAUUACACUCUGUAUCGUCGUCAAUACGCUCUUCAUGGCAUUGGAUCAUCACGACAUGGACAAAGACAUGGAAAGAGUACUCAAAUCUGGCAAUUACUUCUUCACGGCGACGUUCGGUAUCGAAGCGACUCUGAAGCUGAUGGCGAUGAGCCCAAAAUAUUAUUUUCAAGAGGGCUGGAAUAUUUUCGAUUUCAUCAUCGUCGCUCUCUCGCUUCUGGAGUUGGGUCUCGAAGGCGUGCAGGGCCUGUCGGUAUUACGGUCUUUCAGAUUGCUAAGAGUGUUCAAACUGGCUAAAUCGUGGCCUACGUUGAAUCUGCUGAUCUCCAUCAUGGGCAGAACGGUGGGCGCGUUAGGUAACCUAACGUUCGUAUUGUGCAUCAUCAUCUUCAUCUUCGCCGUGAUGGGUAUGCAGCUCUUCGGCAAGAAUUACACCGAUCAUGUCGACCUCUUCCCGGACGGUGAACUACCCAGAUGGAACUUUACUGACUUCAUGCACUCGUUCAUGAUCGUUUUUCGCGUGUUGUGCGGCGAAUGGAUCGAGUCUAUGUGGGAUUGCAUGCUGGUCGGUGAUGUCUCGUGUAUCCCAUUCUUCUUAGCCACCGUCGUCAUCGGUAAUUUGGUCGUCCUGAACCUCUUCUUAGCUCUGUUGCUCAGCAACUUCGGCUCGUCGAAUCUGUCGGCCCCGACUGCGGACAACGACACGAACAAAAUCGCGGAGGCGAUCGACCGGAUAGCGCGUUUCAUCAAGUGGAUCAAACGAAAUAUCAUGGAUUUUUUGAAGUUGAUGCGAGCCAAACUCACCAAUCAGAUAUCCGAUCAGGCGCCAGGUGAGGGACCGUCCAACAGUUGGAAAGAAGAUGGGAUUGAUCGCGAUGGGGACCUAGAUCUUGCAGAUGGAGAGUUGGAUGCAUACAGAGACAAGAAAAGCGCCAAAGAACUUAAUCAGCUUGAAGUUGCCAUUGGCGACGGGAUGGAAUUUACCAUUCAUGGAGAUUUGAAGGGGAAGCUAAAGAGGGGCAAACUGUGCCUGAAUAAUACGAAAGUUAUCGCGAAUUCAAUAAACCAUCACGAUUAUAGACUGGACAACGAUUAUAUUAAUCAGAACGAAGACGAUACUAUCAGUAACAAAUCGUAUGGCAGUCACAAAAACCGCGCGUUUAAGGACGAGAGUCACAAAGGCAGUAUGGAUUCGUUAAACGGCGAGGAGAAGAAAGACGCGAGUAAAGAAGAUCUAGAACAGGAGGAAGAUAUAGAGGACGAGGGUGAAGAACAGGAAGAGAUCGAAGACGACAUAAUAAUACACGCGGACGAGGAUCCUAUUGAUCCGAGUUACCCGGCCGACUGUUGUCCGGAAAAUUGCUACAAAAAGUUUCCAUUCUUGGCCGGCGACGACGACGCCCCGUUUUGGCAAGGCUGGGCAAACUUGAGGUUCAAGACCUUCCGGCUGAUCGAGAACAAAUAUUUCGAGACUGCCGUCAUCACCAUGAUCCUUCUAAGUAGCUUGGCCUUGGCUUUGGAGGACGUUCAUCUUCAACAACGACCUGUUCUGCAAGACGUGUUGUAUUACAUGGACCGAAUAUUCACUGUGAUCUUCUUCAUCGAGAUGUUGAUCAAGUGGCUGGCUCUAGGAUUUAAAAAGUAUUUUACGAACGCCUGGUGCUGGCUCGAUUUCAUCAUCGUCAUGGUAUCGCUCAUUAACUUCGUAGCGUCGCUCUGUGGCGCUGGCGGGAUUCAAGCCUUCAAAACAAUGCGGACCCUAAGGGCCCUAAGGCCGCUCAGGGCGAUGUCUAGAAUGCAGGGGAUGCGGGUAGUCGUUAAUGCCUUGGUCCAAGCCAUUCCAUCCAUCUUCAACGUAUUGCUGGUAUGCCUUAUUUUCUGGCUUAUAUUCGCUAUCAUGGGGGUGCAGCUGUUUGCUGGCAAAUACUUUAAGUGUGUCGACACGAACAAGACGACGCUCAGCCACGAGAUAAUACCGGAUCGUCACGCUUGUGGCAUCGAGAAUUACACGUGGGAAAAUUCGCCGAUGAAUUUUGACCACGUCGGGAAAGCGUAUCUGUGCCUAUUCCAAGUGGCGACUUUCAAAGGCUGGAUCCAAAUCAUGAACGACGCGAUCGACUCCAGAGAUAUAGAUAAGCAACCGAUUCGCGAAACGAACAUUUACAUGUAUCUCUACUUCGUGUUUUUCAUUAUAUUUGGAUCGUUUUUUACCCUCAAUCUGUUUAUCGGAGUGAUCAUCGACAAUUUUAACGAGCAAAAGAAGAAGGCCGGCGGAUCCCUCGAGAUGUUCAUGACGGAAGAUCAGAAGAAAUAUUAUAAUGCUAUGAAGAAAAUGGGUAAUAAGAAGCCUCUAAAAGCUAUUCCGCGACCGAGGUGGCGGCCGCAGGCAAUAGUGUUCGAAAUAGUGACGGACAAAAAGUUCGAUAUGAUAAUCAUGCUGUUCAUCGGGCUGAACAUGCUCACGAUGACGUUGGACCAUUAUCAGCAGACCGAAACGUUCAGCAAUGUUCUGGACUAUCUCAACAUGAUAUUCAUUGUGAUAUUCACCAGCGAGUGUCUCAUGAAGAUCUUCGCUCUUCGCUACCACUAUUUCAAGGAGCCAUGGAAUCUCUUUGAUUUUGUUGUUGUUAUAUUGUCAAUAUUAGGUCUGGUGCUCAGCGACAUUAUUGAGAAAUAUUUCGUCUCGCCGACUUUGCUUCGUGUAGUGAGAGUGGCAAAAGUCGGUCGUGUGCUUCGACUCGUGAAAGGUGCCAAGGGUAUCCGAACCCUUCUCUUCGCCCUGGCGAUGUCGUUGCCAGCCCUCUUCAACAUUUGCCUACUGCUAUUUUUGGUGAUGUUUAUCUUCGCGAUAUUCGGCAUGUCUUUCUUCAUGCACGUCAAAGACAAGAGCGGACUCGACGACGUGUACAAUUUCAAAACAUUCGGGCAGUCAAUGAUACUGCUAUUUCAGAUGUCAACCUCGGCCGGUUGGGACAGUGUUCUCGACGGUAUAAUAAACGAGGAGGACUGCCAGGAGCCGAACAACGAGAUCGGCUACCCAGGCAACUGUGGAUCCUCGACGAUCGGGAUCGCGUACCUGCUCUCGUAUCUCGUGAUCAGCUUCCUGAUCGUCAUCAACAUGUACAUCGCCGUGAUCCUCGAGAAUUACUCGCAGGCGACCGAGGACGUGCAGGAGGGUCUGACGGACGACGACUACGAUAUGUACUACGAGAUCUGGCAGCAGUUCGACCCGGACGGCACGCAAUACAUCAGAUACGACCAGCUGUCGGACUUCUUGGACGUUUUGGAGCCCCCACUGCAGAUACACAAGCCCAACAAAUACAAAAUCGUGUCGAUGGAUAUCACGAUAUGUAAGGGGGACCUUAUGUUCUGCGUGGAUAUCCUCGACGCCCUUACCAAGGACUUCUUCGCGCGGAAGGGUAAUCCGAUCGAGGAGACGGAGAAUCUCGAAGAGGUCAAGGCCCGGCCCGACGAGGUUGGUUACGAGCCGGUCUCGUCUACCCUCUGGCGGCAGCGCGAGGAGUACUGCGCCCGUCUAAUACAGAACGCCUGGCGGAAGCACAAGCAGCAGCGUCUCGGCGGGCCAAGCGAGGAGAGCGACGAUCCGGACGUCGACCUCUGCGUCCGGCAGACCCAGGUGCUCGUCGAGAGCGACGGCUACGUCACGAAGAACGGUCACCGCGUCGUCAUACACAGCCGAUCGAUGAGCAUCACCUCGAGAACCGCGGACGUCUGAUCGCCAUCGUCGUCGUCGCCGCCGCCGCCGCCGCAGCAGCCGCAGCCGCAGCUGCCACCAUCGUCGCUAUCGCCGCCACCGCCGCCGUCCGUGCGCCGCAAAUCGCUCCUCUGCGGCAGCCGCAGCAGGAGCACCAGCAGCAGUAGCAGCAGCAGCAGCAGCAGCAGCAGCAUCGUCGACGACGAUGAUCAUUCACCAUUAGCCGCUCACCCUGCUCGCGCGGAGUAGUGGCCGGGCAGGCACCUCGCGUGUGCUCUCCAUCGACAGCCUUAUAGUUGUAUAAAUAACAUUCCUCCAACGAGUUGCCUUUAAAUCGUCUUUAAACGAGCCACGACCGUUGGGAGAGAAAGAGAGAGAGAGGGAGAGGGAGAGAGAGAGAGAGAGAGAGAGAGAGAGAGAGUACGAGGUACACGAAGAGACUGUGCGACUGCGACGCGAGAGUUCCAUCGGAGUUUUCGGAAGGUGUGCCGCUUCUCGCCGAUUUCUCGAGGAUCGGAAUCCUUCGUGCCGUCCGGAUGGACCGACCGGGAGGAGGAGUGGCGCGGAGAGAAGAGACGAGAGGUGGGCCUGGCCACGAAGCGUCGCGGCGCGUCCUCCCCGAGCUCCGUACUUCCCCCAUACACACGAAUACAUCGCGCGACUCGGCGAGGGCGCGGCGUCGCGACGCGGGAGGACGAGAUCUCUCUCUUUCUCUCUCUCUCUCUUUCUCUCUUUCUCUCGCGCGAGAUCUCUACGCCUCCGUUCCUCAGUCGUUCGUCAGCGAUCCGCGUCGCGGGGCGACGCGCGAGCGGACUGAAGCGGCGCCGACCUCUUGUCUACACCAUCUUCGUAUCACGUUAGCUCAAUCUCGCGAGUAUAUAUCUCUAUAUAUCCGCCGUUUGGAUUUUUUACACCGUUUUACAGCAAGUACCUAAACAAAGCCCACCCACAUCCGCUCACGCGGCGCCUUGCGUCGCGGCGCGACAUCCGCUCUACGAGGGGACGACAUGUAAAUCGCAGGAUGGCAGGCGCGAUGACGACGACGAUGAUAAUAAUUAAUGAUGAUGAUGAUAAAGAUGAUGAUGAUGAUGAUGAUGAUGUUAAUGAUGACGACGAUACCGACGUACCGAUGAGCACAUUCGAUUAACGACGACGAAGAAGACGAGCGAAGGAGAAGUUCGCAGGCGGCGGAAAAAAAGAGGACUCAUUCUCUCGGAUGGAGAUGAAAUGUUACGCGCGGAUUAGUUAUAUUACACUAUCAAUCGCUCCGGCUUCUCGGCAUCUCUCGCGGGAAACGGCGCGCGAACAACCAACGCUUGAUCGCGCUCGCUUUUGGCUCCACCAACAACCAACCCUUUCUCCCGCCCCCUUCCGGCCGUCUCGUCGGUCCCGAAGGGAUGCGCCCGCGCGCAUCAACAGGUACGCGAGUCAACCCCUCGGACGCGAAUGCGACCGUCUCCCUCCUCAAUGCCCCCCAAUACCCAUGCUCUCGCUGUGAGAUAUACCCCUCUCCCCCCCCCUCUCUCCCUACCCCUUCCCCUUCCCGACCCCUUGGAGAUGUUAAUAUCGCGACUCACGUCGGCGACGAGUCCGCGUCUCCCUGCCGCGUUUUGGCUUUUUUACAAUCGCGUUUGCCACGUGUGUGUACGAGAGAGACCUUUUUGCAUCCCGACGAAGGGGAAUCCCUUACGUUGUAUCACCGACGUUCCUUUUUCUUCUCUUCGAAUUCUUCUCUCUCGCGGACUUAUUAAUACUCUAUUUGUCUCUAUCUAAUUGCCUGUCUGUGCCUCCGCUCUUUCGCCGCCCUUCUCCCGCACUUCCCUUUCAACCCUUCCGCGUCGCGGUCCUCCGUUCGCAAUUGAAAAUAAACGCGCGUAUCGGCAGCAUUACAAAAAAUUCAAGUUGUAAUAAUUAAUGAAGAAAAAAAAAGAGGAAAGGCGGCGACGUCUUUUAAAUGUUUUCUCGACGAACAGCUGAAGGGGACGGAGAAGGGGGAGGAGCGGGGGGGAGGGUGCGAUUCCGCAGAUUCAUCAUCAGCUAGAUAUUUACACAUUUGCAAAGGAAAAAAAAAAAAACUUACACGCAGUCUUACACGACGUAGUAAUAAACGCGCUUCGGAAUAAAUGAAUUAAAUACAUUCUAGUGUAUCGUUACUUCGAAUAAUCGCAAUCGCAAGGGGGAAAAAAAAUAUCGCCGCGCGCGUAAACCCGUCUCGCGUCGUCGCAAAUCUACAUCCGCAAACACUACUUUUUGAAUAGGAUUGUUGUAAUUAUAUUACAUUAUCAUUGUAAUUAUGAUACAUAUAUCGUGUACAUAUUGGUGCACAUAUACGGAGUACGGAGCUCGCGCGAAUUCCGUUUCGCCCGAUUCGUCCCCGGCGGAGUUUUUAAUUAAAAACAAAGAGGCCGCACACCGUGUUAUGUAAAAUAGUUUGGCCGCUCCGAAAUACAUAUUGCUCUUUCAGUAGCGAGGGUGUUUCGCUACUGCGAGUCUUUUCCGAGGUCUCGUUUCGUCAAAAGAAAAAAGAAAACCUGGAACAACACCAGGAAAAACGUUAUUAAGAGUGGAGGGAGCUUUCCGCGACGGAAAAAUUGGAUCGUAAGUAGUAUUCUCGCUAAUCUCGGACGAAUGAGAGAACCCUACGUUGUGCCUUUUAAAUAACAGCAAUUUUAAGCAAUUUUGACUUCGGUUUCCCCGGUCCAACAAUAUCGCGUCCACGAGCAAGCAACAAUCUCGACGAUCCCGAGGGGGAGAGGAGCUUUGUCGUCGAGGACCCGUCGCCGCUUUAUUCCCUUCUCUUUGUCCGCGCAAAACGAACCGCGGACAUCCUUCGCGCUUCUUGUUUCUCUCGGUACCGGGGUAUAUUUUUGAACGCGGCCGGUCAAUAAACGCAGAGUCAAGACGGGUUUACGCUGCACGAGACUUCGCGCGGAAUCGCGUACGGAUCCACGCGCUCGCGUCCGUCGAAGGCCGCGCGUUCGGAAACGUCGCCCGAUCGCCUCCAAGAUUAUUAUUUUAUCCUUGUUGUUCAUCGAAUGUUAAACAAAGUUAAAAUGAUACCCGAGGACGCUCGGGUGAAGCUUCUUAACGCGGCUCCAAAAAAUUGCGCGCAUCUCGACAAUCGUUUCCGCUUUUCUUUCUUGUUUUUUUUCUCGUUUAAUCGAUCAUUACGAUAGAAAGAAUACGCGUAUUAUUCCGUUUCUUCUAGACUCCUGUAGGGGGACGCACCAUCCAGCCCUCACGAAAAUUCAGCACGGUUUUCCUCGGAUGUGUAUUGGGGCUGUUUACUUUUGACGAAAGGAUCUGAAACCUCGAAGUUAACUUCAAACUUUGAAAAUUUGAAGCUUCAGAACUUCAAAAUUCUUUCGUACAAUCGAAAUUGUCAAGGCUACAAUCCUAAUGGCGUAUUCUUUCCACCGUAAGUCGUUAUCCCGCAGUCGUCGUCGCGAUUCCGCCGCGAAGCAAGAGCUAUGAGUCAUUUCGUCUCCGCGCGACAACCUAUACCUACCAGGUCACCAAAGCAAAUUUUGAAGCGUGUGUUGAACAAUUUGUACACGGGACAUCAGAUUUUAUUAUAACGCGUGACGACGAUGACGACAUUGCUGACUUUGCAACGGCCAAGUUUGUUCGUAAGAGAUGUGUAUUACAUAUAUACGUGUGUAUUGAGAGAGAGAGAGAGAGAGAGAUACGUGCAGAAUGAGACGAGCAGAGCGCCCGCGUCUUUCUUCCCUUGACAUUUUAUCAAUCAGUCGGUCGAAUAAAGAAAACUGCUGUUUCAAGCAAUUCAACUCGCAUUUUCUUUUCUUCGGGCGCUGGUUAUCAUUUCCCCUGGAAUGUCGGUCGGAAGACAGUUUUACGCGAGCGCGUCUCGCCUCGCGCGCACGCACGUACGCACGCACGCCCGCACGCACGAACGAACAUUCGUCAUCGUAUAACGAAAAUUAAACGAAAGCGUUAUCGCAGUCACGCGGCCGCGUAAGCUUAAGUAGGCGGCGAGAUAAAAACAAAAACAAGAGAAAGAAAGAUGUAUAUAUAUAUGUAUGCGUGUGUGUGUGUGUGUGUGUUUGUGUGUCUGUGUGUGUCCAAUGCGGAUCGUUAUUUUUCUACGUUUGCAUCCGCGAUCCGCGUAGGGUAGGUAGGGCGGAGGAAAGGGACGCGACGAGACAGACGCGCGCGGGUCGAGAGGGACAACGACGAGGAAGCCGGCGGCGUGUGCUGGUUGUCAGCACCUCGGAGGCGGCGACACUACACUCGCCGACGACAGGAAGUCGACGUGUGGGAGGGCGACGAUCGGGGAGCUGAAAUUCGGAGGGAGAGAGAGAGAGAGAGAGAGAGAGAGCGAGAGAGUGAGAAGAGGGAAAGAAAACGUUUUCUCGCUGGUCGAGAACUCGCUCCGGCUGCGGUAGAGGCUCUCGUGGAUGAGGAGGCCCGCGGCGGAGUGGCUCUGAUAACGCGAGAACAAAGGCUUCAGCGAACAACGGCGUGUUGUCGGUCUUGAUGCAAUUUGAAUGUGAUUGGUGGAUUUACGAGCGCGAGAGUACGCACAAGAUGCGCCGUUACGAAAUUCAUGUCUCCUUGCCGCGUCCAGCAUAGUCGAGCUACGGCUAGAAAAAAAAACGCGAGCGUGAGAGUACGGAGGAAGUUCGUUUUCUUUUUUCUUUUUUUUUUUUUUUUAAUUGGUUUCCGAUCCGCGAAAUUAGACGUCUUUGAUUUUGUAGGACGUGCGGUUGCGUUUAUGUGCUUUGAGAUUUGUAUGCGUCAUUUGUUUCCUACACAGCGACACAAAUACAAAUAGAAACAGAUACAAAUAAAAAUCACGUCACGUACGGAUCUUUAUAUUUCCAUCUCAUGCUCUCGCUUUUCUCUGUGCCGCUUCUCUCCGUCAAUCGGAUUCGAUUGCUACUCAAAGCAAUCGACUGAAACGUAGGUUCGAUAUAUAACGACAGUGAUAACGUUUGAUGACGACAAUGACGACGACGAUUAGAGAACAUCGAAGUGUAGGGAUGUCGUUGCUAAGAUGACACAAAUUAUCUCGUGGAUGAAACGCGUCGCAGGAAGAAACGCGCUCGCUACUUCCUCCACGAACGGGAUCGAGCACCGUUUGGAAUUUUAUCGUACAAAUAACUCGCACCAUUCUACAUCGCGACAACGUCGAGUUCUCGCUUUCGACGGGGCUUGUAGGAGGGCUUCGUCCAACAUUCAAUGUCCUCGGUAACUUUUCUACGUAUAUAUAUAUAUCUAAUAUACCGCAAAUUCGAAUCUCGUGUCGCUAAAAUUAAACGUUGAAUUCUCCGAGGGAGACAUCUCGCGGGAAAAUAAAGCGUAACGCAACGCGAUCGUACGCGACGCGAAGGGCCGCACGUCGCCGCCAAUUCUGAAUUUUCUCGCAACACAUUCGCUUCGUAGGAUAUAUAGCGUUUUCGUCGCGUUAACGUUUUGCCUUCGCUCCGCGCUGGCGGUACGUCGGAGGGAGGGGUAUUUUUUAUAUCGCGCAUCGCGUUCUCCGUAAAAAUAGCUUGCUCCCCAACGCGUGCGUGCCCGCUUUUCUCGGUUUUUCGGUCGGGGACGGAUGGUCAUCGUUCUCUCCGUUUCUUGCGUUUCGUAUCGCCGGCCUUCCCCCCCCCCCCUCUCCUCUCGAUUUCCGAGCGCGAUCGAUUGAUCGGGUUUCACACAGGUCACGACGCCAUCGACGUUGUCCCUCGGAAUCGCGGCGUCUUGGAAACUCACGACGGACGACAACGACACAUUAAAACAAAAAAGGAACGGAAAGUCGAAGACCUUGCUGGAUUAACCGUCGAUCGUUCUUGUAUAUUGAAGUACUAAAAAUAUCCGAUGGUCCGUCCGGCUCUCAUUGUCCCGUAACUCCGAGGCUCCCCCUCCCCUCCUCCCCCCCGCCGCUUCCUCUUCAGUUUGGCCUUCCCUCCCGUAUUGUAAUAUGUGCAAAUAAUUCGAUAAUAAUCAAAUAAUCGCUUGUACUCGUGAUAAUAUAUAUAUUUUCGAUACUACAUUCGACGUGAGCAACUGUAUUUGGAGAUGGUAAAGAAUAACGACCCGUCGCGAAACAAAGACGUGCGAAUCCACGUUUCUCGACGACGAAUCGAAUCGAAUCGAAUCAAAUCCUUUCAAAUAUAACUUUUAAUGGAACAGCCGGUAAUUAUUGCUGGAUAAAAUUUCAAUAUGUAGGUAAUAUAAAAUAUUUCUACAUGUAAGAAAAAAAAAGUAUUGGUUUUAUAAUGCAAAGUAAUUUAAAAUACAAUUUAAUAAAGUCAUCAAUGCCAUUCGAUCCGUAUUAUAUUGGAACUUCUUGGUUUCAAAGUUGUUUCGAAAUGGCGAUCGGUGAGAUUCGGUUCGAAUCGAAUUUGCACGUCUCUAGUGCAAAUCUACAUCCGGAGCCACUCCGGUUUGGUUAAACGGUGAACCGACGUAAUUUAGCAUCUUGUCGUAGAGACCUUGUCUGCAUCUGCUUCUUUUUUUACGGACGGAAAUAGAAGACGGCAGACGUAAUCUCGGAGUCGGACGUCACUUGUCGGCGUUUAACGUUCGCAGGAACUGUCUUGCGAAACGUUCAAGCGCGCGCAACCAUCUCGCGGAGAUGACGACGAUGAUUUUUUAACGACGGGCCGUUUAAUCGGCCGGGUUUUCUGUACGCGUUCCGGGAUGUAGAUUCGUACGUCGGGACGCCGAACGAACCGCCGCGAAUCUCCGGUAGACGCCUACUUGGCGAUUAGCAUCGUCGGCGGAUGCAUCGUCCUCCCCCGGAGGGGCGUAUCGCGGAGGCGAAUUUGCGAGGCGGUCCAUUCUCACUUUUCACGUUCUCGAUCAAGUUCUCGAGUGAGUCACCCAAGGUGAGAGGCGGCGAACGAAAAAAGAGAAGCACGCGGCGGACGAAAAAUGAAUCACGCAUCGCGAGCGGGAACGACGGAAGGCAGUGGAGAAGGGCGUCUUCUAUUUCUGCGCGCCUCCUCCGCCUUCAUCGUCAUGCAUACGGCAGAUCCGUCGCGACGCGCGCGAUCAGUUCUUCAACGCCGUGACUCAUCGCGUAGCCGGAAAGUUUCGCGAAACUCGACCUGCGGUACGCGCGAACGGUGCGCUUCGCUUUGCGCGACUCUCUCGAGACGAUCGUCGAACGGAACGCCCCGCCCGGCGUAUAAAUCCGCUUUCAAGCCCGAAGCCGGUUUUUCCGACUCGCCGACGGACGGAACGUUGGACGCCGCGCGCUCGAUCGGGGACUUCCCCCCAAUAACUCGAUCGCAGCGUGCUCGUCGAUUAACGCUUCGCCCGCGAGCGAGUCGAAUCGAGGGAGAACCCGCGAGAGGACUGUCCUGAUAAAGGCGAUGUUUGAAAAGCUUCAAAAAACAGUUUUUUCACGCUCUUUCUCUCUCUCUCUCUCUCGCUCCUCGAUAAAUGACUAAUUAUAUACGUCGCGAAAUGAAUUCGGACCUCGAGUUUCUUUGGUUUCAUCAUUUCUUAUCGAAAUUCGAUUGACAAUCUUUCUUCAGAGGGCAGUCCUUUCGUACGCUUGAGAAUCGAUUUGGUAAUAAAAUAUCGCUGGAGGGAGCAGUUUCAAGCUGAGAGAUAAAAGACGCGUCCGUUUGAUCAAUAACGUUGUAAACGGCGAGAGAAUGGUAACGGCGGCCGGUGACGUAAAUGACGACGAGGACGACGGCAACCAUAGCGAUGUCACAAAGGGGGAGGGGGAUGGAUGAGUGUGCGUGGUGUGCUUCGUUGACUUUCGUUAAUCUUUAAAAAAAAAAAAAAAGAAAUGUACAUUAACGGUAUCAGCUUUUUGCGCGACAACGGCUGUAAGAUAUAGCAAAAAGAGAAAAUAAAAAUUUAAUAGUGCUUUCCUUCGUUAAGCGAGGUAAGGCGAGGUUUAACAUACUUUUUCCGAGGACGAUACUGCCGUUACGCAAUGUAUAAAAGAGAACUAUAAGUUAACUAAUCGUAAAUGCACGAAAAAUUUUUCUUAAACGGAUAGCAGAAGUAAAAAAAAAA